UUCAGUCCUACUCGAGAUGUGAUAUCGUUUUAACAUAAAGUAACACGUCAAUGCGCGCUCGGAAACGUGUUUUAAACAAUUUGUUGAUUACUUUUUAUCCUACUUCCUCUUCGUCUGCGUUCGCUAUUGCGUCAAACGAAAUUGAAAAGUCACGUUUAACCGCGCGCGCGGUAAUCGGUGAUUGUUAAAAGUGCGCAUUUUCCGCAUUAUCGAUUAAAUUAAAACGAUAGCGCAUGCAUGUAUUCGACCGAUUAUUAACUUCAAUAUUAUCCCUCUGCUUCGAUAUUACGGACGAUAUGAAGAUUGGGCUCGCCAAUCGCUCGCUGAUUCAAUCUUCCAUAAAUUAAUUUCACCGUUGGCUUAACUCUGGCCAAAUGAUUCGCACCUAGAUAUCAAAUCGCGUAAUAAUUACACAGCAGAUGAACGAGACCAGGAGACCAAGGUGAUCUGGGGAAGUUUAGGUACCGCCGGUGCACCGUUCGACGACGCGUCGAGGGUCGAGAAGACUGAGGGAUCACCGUCAGAUAGAUAUACGAUGGAGGGUGUUUCGGUUAACGGCACCAUGCCCGUAGAGGUCAACUACGUACUCAACGUUCUCAACUACAUCAACGAGCUGAAUGACUCGCUGAUUACCGAGGAGGUGAAAUGCUCGUUGGAGAAGUACCGACGUCAGGAACAUACCCAGCACGAACCGGAGUGCGAAGUCGACUGGGAUUCUCUUUUAUGCUGGCCUCGCACACCCCCCGGAAGCCUAGCCACCUUACCAUGCUUCGAGGAGCUCAAUGGUAUCCAGUACGACAAGACCCAAAACGCAAGCCGAUGGUGUAGGUCGAACGGAACGUGGGACAAAUAUUCGAAUUACACGGCGUGUGAAAACACGAUUUUGACACCGCCUGGAACACCUGGUAUCGAAAUGAUGACGAUGAUAUACUUUAUCGGAUAUUCCUUUUCCCUCUUCACCCUCAUCGUCGCGGUGUCUAUAUUUUUGUACUACAAGGAACUGAGGUGCCUGAGAAACAACAUUCACACAAAUUUAAUGUUCUCCUACAUACUGGCUGAUCUGAUGUGGAUUCUAACAGCUGUUAUGCAGAUAUCAACACAUACGGAUCUUCCAACGUGUAUAACAAUUUUGUCCAUCCUACAGUACUUCUAUCUGACAAACUUUUUCUGGAUGUUUGUCGAAGGCCUGUAUUUGUACCUGUUAGUCGUGAAAACCUUUACCGGAGACAACAUAAAACUGAGACUAUGUUUGAUCAUUGGCUGGGGAACACCAUUGAUCGUUACCGGAGUGUGGGGAAUGGCCAAAUCACUCGGAGAUAAUGUUAUCUCAGAAAUUCAACAGGAAAUCACACUUUCGAAACACUGUCCAUGGAUGGCACCACAUCCUUACGAUUGGUUUUACAUAGCACCAACAAUCGUCGUUCUUUGUAUGAACGUCAUAUUCCUCUUUAUGAUCAUGUGGGUGUUAAUAACUAAACUUCGUUCGGCAAACAAUGUAGAGACACAGCAAUACAGAAAAGCUACAAAGGCACUUCUCGUACUCAUUCCACUCCUUGGCGUUACUUAUAUACUGGUACUUGCUGGACCGACGCAAGGAGAUAUAGCUCAUGUAUUUGGAAACCUGCGUGCGAUACUGCUCUCCUUUCAGGGCCUUUCGGUAGCGCUAUUUUACUGCUUUCUUAAUACUGAGGUACAAAAUACCGUGCGACAUCAUUUCUCAAGAUGGAGUACGGCAAGGAAUCUUGGAGCAGAUCGGCGGUAUCAUAGCUGUAACAAUUGGUCACCUCGUUCAAGAACGGAGAGCAUAAGACUUUAUUGUCAACCCUCGAAUCCUUAUCGGAAAAGGGAAUCUACAGUGAGUGAAACAACAACAACUACAGUUAUCGGGGCCAAUUCAGCAACAGCGUUUAUUGAACGUGAAAAGAAGGCUAUAUCCGAAGAUCUUAACGAAUAAAAAUAGUAUAUAUAUAUAUAUAUAUAUAUAUAUAUACAUACAUACAUACACACAUACGUAUUAUUAUUAUUAUACCUUACGCUUAAAAUCACUGAUGUAUAUCUUAAAAUACAUUUUAGGUGUACCGUUCUUCGUACAAAAGAAAGAGGACUAUAUAUUCUAUAUAUAUAUAUAUAUGUAUGCAUGUUGGUAUACAUAUGUAAUAUUAUUACUAGCAUCGUGUACGUAUGUAUUAUGAUGUAUAUUUAUACAUAAACCAGGGUAUAAAAAUUGUCAUUUGCGUGUGGCUAUAGAUUCGAUUCAAUAUGUGUAAUGUUUAUUUUUAUAAUCAUCAGAUGUCUUAAAUUUUGCUACUGACUAUUUACCACAACGCAAUCUCAUAACCAUGUACAGUACAUACGUAGUCAUAUCAAUUACAUCUAUGCAGGAGGAAUCGUUUGAUGUUAAAUGUAGAUUUUUUCUUCGUGAAUGUAUAAUGUUAAAUUAGAAUGUGUCAAUUUAUUCUUUUAAUGCUGUAUUUAUAUUCAUUAGGUCAUAAUUCAGAAGAAAAACCGUGUUAACGUGUCGUUACAUAGUUAUUAUAAUGUUUAUUCGUAGUAUUCAUUAACUGAGACUCAUUUCAACAGAGCGACAUUGUAAUCGUUACUUCAGAGUUCCUAAAAUCGGGAAAGCUAUGCAUUGCUA